AUGACUACCCCUAAUCUCAACGAGAUUCAUGACUUUCUAGUGUCAUUGGCUCACCAGGCCGGCGACAUCAUCACAAAUGCUCUGCCGGAAACCAGCGGCACCGGAUCUAAAAAGAACAGUGCCGAUCUGGUCACGGAAUAUGAUCGAGCAGUGGAAAAAAUGAUAUCCACAUCACUCAAGGAGAAAUAUCCCGAUUACGAGUUUCAUGGCGAGGAAACUUACGAUCCAAGUCGGCCAUUGACCGAUGCCCCUACCUUCAUCGUGGAUCCGAUUGAUGGUACCGUGAACUUUGUACACAGCUUCCCCUAUGCCUGUGUCUCUCUAGGGUUUGCCGUGGGGCGAGUUCCCGCUGUGGGUGUGGUCUACAACCCGUUCACCAAGACCUUGCAUUCCGCUAUUCGAGGUCAAGGCGCAUUUCUAAACCAGAAGACCCGUCUGCCUUUGAAGGGUGAGAAUGUAGAGCCACUCUCCGGGUUGGCCAAUGCCCUCAUCAGCAUUGAAUGGGGAUCCGAUCGUAGCGGGCCCAAUUGGGACACCAAGGUUCGUACCUUCACAAAACUUGGCCAGGCCAAAGAGGACGGGGGCGCGAUGGUGCGUUCCAUGCGGAGUCUGGGAUCAGCUGCUCUCAACAUGUGCGCUGUCGCGGAAGGCACCAUGGACCUGUACUGGGAGGGGGGAUGCUGGGAGUGGGAUGUUUGUGCGGCCUGGGUCAUCCUGACUGAGGCCGGGGGUAUCAUAGUUGAUGGAAAUCCCGGAGAAUGGGAGGCCCGUCUAGAUGGGCGAAGAUAUCUGGCAGUUCGAGGAGCCCCCGAAGCAGGACAGAAGGCGAUUGUGGAAGAAUUCUGGAGUUACAUCCAAGGCCAGUUAGAUUACUAG